AAUGAUUAGAAAUACGCCUAAGUAUUCUUAAGUAGAAUUAUUUAAAAAAUAGGUUGAUGAUUGUAAAUUCGAACUAUUAUUUCUAAAAAUAAUUGAGGGAAUCAUGAUUUUUGUUACUUUUUAAGGAAUCUGGAGAAGAGAAAAAAUGCACUUAAUUAAUUUUCUUGUUUAGGUGCCAUGUAAUGUUUCGUGACCUUAUUUCUCUACUUAUUUUAUUUCAAUUUUCUCAUGAUUGUAAUAACAAUUAAUAUUUAAGAACAAGCAUAUUUGCUGCUCUAUCCUGCUUUUUAGGAUUACUUAAGAACCUAAUAAUUUAAAUUAAGACUAAAUUUAAGAAAUUUUUUUAUUGCUUUUAUAAGAGUAUCAACUAUAUACUACAGAUGAUGAUUCUUUAAAAAUGAGUAGGAAGUUUGAAAAAAUUAAACUACAAUUCUGUGAUACGUAAUAUAAGAAAAUAAUAUUAGAAUCGUUUAGUAGAUGGAAAAUAAGAAAUGA